AUGCAAUUCUUCAGUGUUCUCUUAGCUUUGGCUCUUCUUUCAUGUGCUAACGCAUAUUAUGUAAGUUUUCUAGGUCUGAUGUGAAUUUAAAAAAAAAGCAAAAACAUUUUUAGUUGUAUUAUUAUUAUCCAAACUCAUAUUCGAACUCGAACUACAACUCUGGAUCAACAUACUACUAUUAUCCAAAUAACUACAACAACGGUAAUACUUCCCUCUUAAAUAUUUGUAAAAGUUUUAUAUUAUUAAUUUCAGGAUAUUCAGGAAAUACUGGAACAACAUAUUACUACUACCCAAACAAUAAUAACAAUGGAUACAACUACAACUACAACACCAAUCCAUACACAACUUAUUAUUACACUUACGGACGUAAAUAA